CGGAAGUGACGCCGGGAGCAGGGCCGAGCAGCCUGGUGGCGGCGCGGGCGGCGGCGCGGGCAGCAGCUCUGGCAUCCUCGGGAGGGCGCGGCGGCGGGGAAGGACACAGGUGCGGUCAGACCUUGCAGCUCGCUGGGGUCACCUGUGGCCAAGAGGUGAGCUUGGGGGUGUGCACACGAUGACGGACAGCAAGGACUUAGAAGCCGAGAUCCACCCCCUGAAGAACGAGAACAGGAAGGUGCAGGAACAUCUGGGAAACCCAGCGGGAAAGGAAACCAGCGUGAAGCCGCCCCCGCAGUCCCGCCUCUCCCGGUGCCGGACGGUGGCCUUUUUUCUUUCGCUGUUUGUCUGCCUUUUCGUGGUGUUCGUGGUUUCCUUCAUCAUCCCAUGUCCAGACCGGCUGGCGUCACAGGGGGUGUGGAGGAUCGAUUACAAGGCAGCAGUUGCCUAUGACUUUCUGGCCACAGAAGACGUGAACAAGGACAGGAUCCAGGAUGUUCUCUUUCUUUAUAAAAACACCAACAGCAGCAGAAGCAAUUUCAGCCUCUCCUGUGCUGAUGAAGGCUUUUCCUCCCCCUGCACCUUCGUGGCCGCUGUGUCGGGGGCCAACGGCACCGUCCUCUGGGAGAGGCCCGUGGCCCAGAACAGGGCCCUUGUGGAGUGCGGUGUCCCCCAGCCGAGGGGCAGCGGGGCGUCUUCUGCCUGCAUCAUCCUCGGCAGACCUGGCCCUUUCAUUGCGGUAGACUCGGUCACAGGGGAGACCCUGUGGAGCCAUCCCAGCAGCUUCGGGGGGAACGUGUCCGUCCUGAGCCCUCUGCUCCAGGUGCCUGACAUUGAUGCUGACGGGGUCCCAGACCUGCUGGUCCUCACCCAGGAGGAGAACCAGGUCAACGGCUACGUCUAUUCAGGCGGCACGGGGCAGCAAGUCGGCCCCCCGGGCAGCCUGGGUGUGGACGGGACCAGCGGCUUCAUCCUCUAUGUCACCAGUGCAGGUGCCCACUACGUCCUCAUCCCCUGCGGCACCUCCCUCUGCAGCCACUCAGUGAAGGGCCUGUAUGAGAAGGCCACCGGGAGGGAGAGCUCGCUCAAGAGCGACCCCCUCUGGGAGGGCAGGCUCAACGCCACCUCCCACAGGCUGCAGGAGCACAGCUCGGGAGCUGUCCGCUACCUGAUGAAUGUUCCGGGGAAGGUGGGUGAGGACCUGCUUCUUGUGAGUUCCGAGGCCUGCGUGCUGCUGGACGGGCAGGAGCUGGUGCCCAGGUGGACCCUCGGUGCAGCCCAGGUCCUGAGAAAACCCAUCCUCGGCUACUACAAACCCGACACCCCAGCCAUGGUCAUUGAGAACGGGACCGGCUCCGAGAGACAGAUCCUGCUGCUGGACCUCAGCUCCGGGGCUGUCCUGUGGAGCCAGGCUCUCCCAGGCCUCCCCAGGGACCCGCGGUCCGCCAGCCUUCCCACCGCAGACCACCGCUCCGCCUUCUUCUUCUGGGGCCUCCACGAGCUGGCUGGUGCCAACCAGACGGAGCCCGGAGCCGCCGGGCACCGCCUGUACAUGUUCCACCCCACGCAGCCCGGAGUCCUGCUGGAGCUGGCCAACAUCUCCACCCCUAUUGUCACCUUCCAGGGUGAGUGCGCCCCGCAUGGGCCCAGGCUGCCGGCCAUGGGAGGCCUGUGCUGGCUGGUCCCGGGACCUGAUGGCCAUGUCCCCACAGUGGUUCUGCUUGAGCCGAGCCGCCACGCUGCCUACAUUCUCCUGACGGGCCCGGCCAGCCCGGAUCCACCCGGCCUGGUCUCUGUGGCCAAACACAAGGUGCGGGACCUCAUCCCGAGCAGCAAGGUAGUCCGCCUGGCUGAGGGUGGCCCCGACAGCGACCAGGCCGUCAGGGACCGGUUCUCUCGCCUACGGUACCGGAACGAGGCCUAGACGUGGUUUGGCCAGAGCCCGAAGCGGAGGUGGCUGCUGAAAUUUCACAUCCUGGGAAGUCAGCCCUUCACUGGCUCGGUCUGCACGCCGACUCCCGACCUGGUGACCUGGCGACGCUCUCCACUGGGCCCGUUACCCCAGGGACGUGCCAGGGCCUCUCCCCUCUCCCGCCAGCAUGCCAGGUCCUCACUCAGGUCCCCACUCCGAGCCCCACCCAGGUCUCCCUGGGCAGAGCCUGUGCUGGCAGCAGCUCACCCUCACUCCUCCAUGCCUGGCCAGAGCCUUGGCUGCAGAAUCCCCUCCCUCUUUCUGUCUGAGCCUUGCCUUCUCUGCACUGUCUCCCUGGGGUCGUGGAGCUCAGAGGGUGGUGGGCCCUGGUGGCUUGACGCAGGCCCACACCCUGGUGUGGUUGGUGGUAACUCGCCCUGGAGAGCCCAUGACAGGGCCCAUGAGGAAUGGGUCCUGGGAGGAUGUGACGGAUGGGCUGCCUUGAGCUGUGAGUGUCCCGAGGACCUGGCCCCAGGAUGUGCCCUGGGGUCAGCGUGCACCCCUGGGUACACACUGGAGCUCCUUGUCCCUCAGGGAUCCCUGCACCCCUGGGUGUGGCCAGCGGCCCCUCCUUCCUGGUGCUUGGACACCCCCCCACAGUCGGUGUCACCUGAUGCAAGACUCACCUCUGUGCCUUGGUCACCCCAGACCCGCCUGGUGCUGUGGGACUCAGCCGUGCCCGGACAAAAGCAAGCAGCCUGAUGACCGCGGGUGCCUCGGGAAGAAAUCAGAAUAAACACUGGUUUUGCACUGUCUGGAAAGCCCCAUGUG